AAUGCUCCAUGGCUGACGCCAUUACCCGUUCAGAAAAAUUUACGGCAUUUUUCUGUUUGACAAGGGGCGCCUAACACCCAAGACUACUGUGACGUCUUUUUUCGAAAAAGCAAAUUCCGUAUUCGAAUUCGAUUUAACAUACACAUUUGGCAACUAACCGUAAGUGACAAGAAACAGUCAGUAUGUCAAGUUCUCGCAACAAUGAAGCCAGAAUCUACGUCGGUAACUUGCCACCCGACAUUCGCACUAAGGACAUUGAAGACUUAUUCUACAAAUUUGGAAAGAUUGCAUACAUUGAUUUAAAGAACCGACGAGGACCUCCUUUUGCUUUUGUUGAAUUUGAAGAUCCCAGGGAUGCUGAGGAUGCUGUGCAUGCUCGUGAUGGCUAUGACUAUGAUGGAUAUCGUUUGAGAGUGGAAUUUCCAAGAGGAUCACAGAAUUCUGGUGGUGGACACAGGGGUAGUGGUGGUCGAAGUGGAGGAAGAGGUGGUGAUGGAGGUAGAGGAGGGGGUGAUGGUGGGGGUAGCAAUGGUGGAGGCAGGAGUCGAGGGCCACCAGCAAGAAGAACAAAUUACAGAGUCAUUGUAACUGGUCUUCCUCCUACUGGAUCAUGGCAAGAUUUAAAAGAUCACAUGAGAGAAGCUGGUGAUGUGUGUUAUGCUGAUACCUAUAAAGAUGGAACUGGAAUGGUUGAAUUCCUUCGCUACGAGGAUAUGAAAUACGCCAUCAAGAAAUUAGAUGACUCAAGAUUCCGUUCACAUGAGGGAGAAGUAUCAUAUGUGCGCGUUAAGGAAGAUAGCGGAGACGGUCGCAGCGGCGGAACUCGUGAUCGAUCGCGAUCUUAUUCUCCAGCCGGUGGUGGCGGCAAAACACGUGGAAGUCGCGGCUCCCCCAGCUAUUCCCCCGUUCGUCGUGGUGGUUCAUAUUCCCGUUCGCGCUCACGCUCACCUCGUUCCAGAUCACGAUCUUAAAAAAGUUAUGGAAACGAGAAAAAGGCAAAACUAAACAAAAAGACAAAAGUUGUGCGAUGUGGACAACAAAAAGCUUAAGGAUUGGAAGGACUGGAGGAGGAAAGGGGUCUUUGGUAUUGUCUCCAUGGUUCAUACUAUAUUUUCAAAAUUCUUAGAUGAAUAGCAAAUCUUUUAAAUUGCAAAAACCAAUUUUUUUUUUUUUUACAACAAGCUACAUCAAAGAUUUCAAUUUUUUAUGAGAAACUCAAAAUAUGUUUCUUGGGUUAUGAUUUUGGCAUUUGCAAUUAUUGCUACUAAUCAUUCAGUUUCUUCUCGACGUACACGUAAUCCUUUUUGGUUUCGAAUACCCUCAGAGCUCCCCGAUUCCAACCAACUAAUUUUUUUUUUUCCGUGAGCAACCUCAUCCUUUCCUUUUUCCCCUCCCUCUUGUAAUACACAAAAUAGCUGUGCGUCGAAUAAACAUGAUUCUCAUUUU